CAACUUUGAAGGAAACAUGGCUGUGCAAAAAUGGAUAGAUGUCCUGAAAUUAUCAAAGAAAACAGCGCUAAUACAUGACGGAAAACGGAAGAUCCAUUACCUCUUUACAGAUGGCAAAGAAAUGGCUGAAGAGUAUGAUAUGAAAACAGAUGAACUCAUUGUAAGAAAGUGGCGGCAUAAAAGCACACUUGGAGGUCAGAGCUCUUGGGAGGUAGAAGUCGGGGAGCCGCUCAACUUUACUGCAUCGUUGGACUCGGAUGAGAUUAAAGAGAGCUCAUCCAAUCCUAUUUUCAUGCGUAAAGACACAAAAAGCAGCUUUCAGUGGAGAAUCCAUAACCUUCCGUACCCUAAAGAAGUCUUCAGUGUUUCAGCGGUUCCGUCUGACAGAUGCAUCAUCAUAAAAACCUCAAAUAAAAAAUAUUAUAAGAAGUUUUGUAUYCCUGACCUGGAUCGAAGCCAGCUGCCGCUCGAUGGCUCCGCUCUCAGCUUCACACACUCCAACAACACCCUGAUUGUCAGCUACAAAAAACCCACAGAGAUCUUGAGGCUGGAGCAGGAGCUGCUGAAGGAGCUGAAGGAGCUGAAGGGGACAGACGAAGGAGACGUUGACUGUAAAACUCAGUGAGUUCUGACUGAGAACAACAAGAUUUGGAGACUCAGCAUCAUUUUUCAGUCACUUGGAAGCUUUUGUUUAGUUUUCCAUAGACAGAAAAACUCACAGUGCCUUGUCUCUGGUUUGAUGCUUUUAUUGUGGUGAAUAUUUCUCUGCAGUUCUUAAUGCCUGUAGAUCUAAAUAAAAUAAGAAACAAUACUUUUUUA